AUGGCCUCAACACACGACCCCGACGCUGGCUCUCAGCAUAUCUUCAAUCGAAAGUACCACCUUUGCGAGCUCCUCAGCAGCUACAGCACCGAGGACCUGAUCAAGUCUUGCCGUGACUGUUCCCGAUUCAUCGCCCUCUGCUGCAGGGACCGCUCCUCCGACAGAGCCCUCGACUGCCAUCACUACCGACUGGUAUUCACAGAUGGCUCAUGCCUCUCCAACGGCAGACCAGUCGCGACUGCGGGUUUGGGCAUCGCUGUCGGACUCGAGGACGACCAGCAGUGGUCCAUUUCCGUGGACGACAGUCUCGAUGCAUUUGCGAAGCGGUCUAGCCAACGCGCGGAGCUGCUGGCUGCCUUGGUGGGACUCAUCAAGAUCGACGACGUGGAACCACCCGAUGACCCUCACGAACGCUUGUACAACCGACACAACAGGUCUGGAGACAAUCCCGAGGAGCCUCCCAGCGAAUGGAUCGUUACCACGGACUCGAUUUACGUGGUGAAUGGUAUGGCGGAAUGGCUGCCGAAUAUAUGGAAGCGUAACGGGAUGCGCACAAGCGACGGCCGCACACCCGCCAAUCUUGACCUUUUCCUCAAGCUCGACGAAUGGAUCACUGCUCUAGAACUUAGGCGCAACGUCCGUAUCGGUUUCUGGCACAUACCGCGCGAAUUCAAUGCUAUCGCCGACCGUCUGGCCAAAAAUGCCGCUGCACGCGGCACUGUCGCCUCACCUCUUUCGCAGUCCUGA